GUAAUCCGCUUGACAUGCGUGGGUCUUUUGCUCCUGUUUUGUGUGUUGGGGGGAUGGGGCCGUAUCGAGGAUGAGAGACUCCAAAUAUUUACCACUUCUUUAACUAAAUAUCCUUUAUUUCCGAAUUGGAAUUCUUCCCUCAAUCUGGUACAUAUUGACGCCUUUCGACCACGCAUGAGUUUGGGCGGAAUUUGGCCAAAAUAAAGUGGAGUAUCUGUACGUCCACGACUCACGCUUGAAAAGUCGACAAAAUGUAUUCCUCUGCUGGAGCCGGUGAGAUGUCCGAGGGAGCCCGUUCCUCUGGAUCAGUAAGCUCUGACCCCCCAUCUUCUCCAGUGCCAGAAUAUGUGUUCAAACCACCAUCGAGGCCAGAUUUUGGCACCAUGGGCAGGACAAUCAAGCUCCAGGCCAAUUUCUUUGAGAUGGAAAUACCCAAACUUGAGGUCUACCAUUAUGACAUUGACAUCAAGCCUGACAAAUGCCCCAGGAGGGUCAAUCGUGAAAUUGUGGAGCACAUGGUCCAGCACUUUAAAACACAGAUCUUCGGUGAUCGAAAGCCGGUGUAUGAUGGGAGGAAGAAUCUAUACACUGCCAUGCCCUUGCCCAUAGGCAGAGACAAAGUGGAGCUUGAGGUGACCAUUCCUGGUGAAGGCAAAGACCGCAGCUUUAAAGUAUCCAUCAAGUGGGUGUCCUGCGUUAGUCUGCAAGCUCUCCACGAGGCACUGUCAGGGCGGCUACCCAGCGUCCCCUUUGAGACUAUCCAAGCUUUGGAUGUGGUCAUGAGGCAUUUGCCCUCUAUGAGGUAUACCCCCGUUGGCCGUUCUUUCUUCACUCCAUCAGAGGGAUGUUCAAACCCUCUUGGUGGUGGUAGAGAGGUGUGGUUUGGUUUCCACCAGUCAGUCAGGCCUUCCCUUUGGAAAAUGAUGCUCAACAUUGAUGUGUCGGCCACUGCAUUCUACAAGGCCCAGCCUGUCAUUGAGUUUAUGUGUGAGGUCUUGGAUUUCAAAAGCAUCGAAGAACAACAGAAGCCCUUAACAGACUCUCAGCGAGUGAAAUUUACAAAGGAAAUCAAAGGUCUGAAGGUAGAGAUCACUCACUGUGGGCAGAUGAAGAGAAAGUACAGAGUCUGCAAUGUGACCAGAAGACCAGCCAGCCACCAAACGUUCCCACUGCAGCAGGAGAAUGGCCAAACUAUUGAAUGCACAGUAGCACAAUACUUCAAAGACAAGUACAAGCUCAUUUUGAGAUACCCCCACCUCCCAUGUCUCCAGGUGGGACAGGAGCAGAAGCACACCUACCUACCUCUAGAGGUGUGUAACAUAGUGGCAGGACAGCGUUGCAUUAAAAAACUGACUGACAAUCAGACAUCCACUAUGAUCCGUGCCACGGCCCGAUCAGCACCAGACCGUCAGGAUGAGAUUAGUAAAUUGAUGAGAAGUGCCAACUUCAACACUGACCCUUACGUUCGGGAGUUUGGAGUGAUGGUGAGAGACGAGAUGACAGAAGUGAACGGCCGCGUCCUACAGGCACCUUCCAUCCUGUAUGGAGGCAGGAACAAAGCAAUAGCCACACCUAUCCAGGGAGUAUGGGACAUGAGAAACAAACAAUUCCACACUGGUAUUGAGAUCAAAGUGUGGGCCAUCGCCUGCUUUGCACCACAGAGGCAGUGCACUGAACUCCUGCUCAAAGCAUUCACAGAGCAGCUGAGGAAGAUCUCAAGGGAUGCAGGGAUGCCCAUCCAGGGUCAGCCUUGCUUCUGUAAGUACGCCCAGGGAGCAGACAGUGUGGAGCCCAUGUUCAGGCACCUCAAGUACACCUACCAGGGCCUCCAGUUGGUGGUGGUGAUCCUGCCUGGGAAGACGCCCGUCUAUGCUGAAGUGAAACGUGUCGGGGACACUGUACUUGGCAUGGCCACACAGUGUGUACAGGUGAAGAAUGUUCAAAAGACAACACCUCAGACUCUGUCCAACCUCUGUCUGAAGAUCAACGUUAAGCUGGGCGGAGUCAAUAACAUCCUCCUUCCACAGGGCAGGCCACUGGUGUUCCAGCAGCCAGUGAUCUUCCUUGGUGCAGAUGUGACUCACCCUCCUGCAGGAGAUGGAAAAAAACCUUCCAUUGCUGCUGUUGUUGGAAGUAUGGAUGCACAUCCUAGCAGAUACUGUGCCACCGUGCGGGUGCAGCAGCACCGUCAGGACAUCAUCCAGGAUCUGGCCGCCAUGGUGAGGGAGCUUCUCAUUCAGUUCUACAAGUCCACCCGUUUCAAACCCACGAGGAUCAUCUACUACCGUGAUGGCAUCUCCGAAGGCCAGUUCAACCAGCAGGUCCUUCAGCAUGAACUGCUGGCAAUUCGUGAGGCUUGCAUCAAACUAGAGAAGGACUACCAGCCUGGGAUCACCUUUGUUGUCGUGCAGAAGAGACACCAUACAAGACUCUUCUGUAUGGACAGAAAUGAGAGGGUUGGGAAGAGUGGAAACAUCCCUGCAGGGACCACAGUGGACACGAAAAUCACUCACCCAUCAGAGUUUGACUUCUACCUUUGCAGUCACGCCGGCAUUCAGGGCACCAGCAGGCCAUCUCACUACCAUGUGCUCUGGGAUGACAACCACUUCACUUCAGAUGAGCUCCAGAUUCUCACCUACCAGCUUUGCCACACUUAUGUGCGCUGCACGCGGUCCGUUUCCAUCCCAGCACCAGCCUAUUAUGCCCAUUUGGUGGCUUUCAGAGCUCGCUAUCACUUGGUGGACAAAGAGCAUGACAGUGCUGAAGGGAGUCAUACUUCAGGCCAGAGCAACGGCCGUGACCACCAGGCCUUGGCCAAGGCCGUUCAGAUCCACCAGGACACGCUACGUACCAUGUACUUUGCCUGAGUGCACACAACCCCAGGUUGGUGUGGGUGAGACUGAUGGAACACACUACACCACCGGCUGUGCCGCUGUCAACUGUAGAAAGCAUCAUAGUGGUUUUACAUCAUGAUUUCCCGACUAUCAGUUACCCAUAUGUCAAUAAUUGUACUUCAGCCCCUAACCCAGCUAAACCAAGCCGGCUAUUAGACUAAGAUGCAAAAGAAUGGAUUUAGAGGUUCUACUUACAUGUUGUGACAUGUUGUGCAUUCGUGUGCGUUUGUAUGCGUCAGGGGGGAAUAUAUAUUACAAAAUCUGAGAUUAAUAGGAAAAGUUUGUACACUGAUAGCUGAAAUCUACAAUUUCUAAACUAGUGGGCAGUAACAUUUGACAUCGGGGUGGUUUAUUAUUUAGAAUAAGCUGUUCGCCCUCCUUCUCCUGUUUUUAUCAUUUGUUACAGUUUUGGUGCUCAAAAGGAGAAGGAGAUGUCAAAAGAUGAGGAGGCCCGUUCACUGUUUAUAAUGCCUCUGACAAACAUUAUUUAUCAGCCAAUCAAAGCAAAGUGCACUGACAAGAAGGGGUACUUAACCAGGACAAAAGUACUUAAUAAUUUGAGGGUUGUGUGUGAUUUUUCACAUAGGGCACUAUGUGAUGAAAAGUGCCAUUUGAAAACCACCUGUCUAUCAUGUCAUUUUUAUGUAAAAUUAUGAUUUUAUUUGGCCCAUGUCUGCUGGGUUUUUUCAGUAUUUGUCCUUGAUUGACAUUGGUGACCAAUAUAUAUGCCAAGUCUGGUGAUGACUUUACCAACAGAUUCUGUCAGUCACAGAUGCAACCCUCAAACCUACAGUUCUACUACAUAUGUUUUAGUGUGCAAAUUGACAAAGAACAGCUAUAUUUCAUCCUCCUCUGCCUCACUUGUUAGUCUGAACUGACCAAGUUGCACGAGUAAUCUAAUUCCCAUGCGAGAAAUAGUGUAUUGGGACUGGUUCCCUCCAAGGACUCCUUUCUAAUGUACUCUGAGCCGUGUUGAUAAAAGACACAUGAUGUAGAAAUCAACAUUGAAGAGAACUCGAUGAAAUCAGUUUUCUUCCCUUCUCUUUUUAUAGUCUAUUUUAAUUUCAAUCUUUCUUCUUUUUUAAAAAAAAUAAUAUGCAUGUAGCUGACUCACGUUUUAGACAUUUAGGCUUUUGUGAUAUUUGCUUAUUGUGAUAUUAGAGUGUUCUGCAGCAUCUUCGUCAGAGAAAUGUUUGUGUCGCACAUUGGCCUCCUGGCAAUGGUACAGUGGAGUGAAAGCUGCAACCUUUUAAAGUUCAACGAACUGAAAUUUCCUAAAAUCAAAAAAGAAAAAAACAUAUUUUCAAAUUAUAGUGUUUGCUCCAGGAAAUGGAUGCCGUCGUCGCACUAGAGCUUGGGAUUUAUGCAAAUGACUUUUUGUGAGUCUUUUUACUAUAUAUACAGUAAUGUUGGUAAUGAGGUAUAUUUUGAAUAAGCUUUCAAGUGGAGGCUGCUGAAAAUAUUAAUAAGACUUUUUUUAACUGACCGGCCCACAUGUAGUCUAAAUUAACACUGUCUAUUUGUAUACAGAUUUCAAAUGCAAAUAUUCUCUUGCCUUCUGAGACUGUUAACAGUCUUACUAAUAAUUCUAGACAUUUGCUAACAUCCCAUCCCAACGCGUUUUACUACUACGUCAAGCUGGUGAAUGUUUGUAUGGUCUUGAUUGGAGGCAAGUUGUCUAUAUUUUCUAACUAUGCAUCAUUUUUAACCAAGAGAUUUAACAGUGGGGUAUCUCACAUGAAUUUAGGUCAUUUGUAGAGAUAGAUUAUCAGGGCCUUUUUUUGUUGUUAUUGUUAUGGGUUUUUUUUAAGCAUGUCGCAUUUAGUAGCAUUUCUUAGUGCUUAACAGCAUCUUCAUGCCUUUCGUAUGGGUAUGAAGUAUUUAUGUGGUUAUUUGUAACGUUGUAGAUUUUAUAACCUUAAAAUGGGGGUGUAUCCUUUGUAACCCACAAUCUUUCUUAGCCAAACAAGAUUACAAACUUUUACAUAAUUAAUUAUCAAAAAACGCAUAAAAGCACAACGGGACAUCUUGAUUCUAGGUGCUAGAUGUUUUCACUGUAAACCACCUUAAAUCCUCACUGGAUUGGUCCACAGAGCUUUUUUUUUUUUUUUUGUUAAUUGUAUGAUAACAAUAUGCUUUGUGAUGAGGAUCUUCUCUCUCCCUUCGAUGACCUCUCUGUGUUACGCUUUCAACUUAUUACCUGUAAAGCAACUAGAAAGCCGACUGACUGUGUUUGUGGGGCAUUCUGAAAAAUCAUGUACUUGAUAUUUACUGUUAUGAUGUCAAUAUUGUUCUUAUCGGUGCUGGUCUCACAACAUGUAAAUUUGGAUGCACUUUUGAUCGCAGAACGUUGGUAUGACUUCUAUAGACGUGUGUUCCUCAAUCGAAAGCAGGAGACUCGGCCAUAUUGUGUGACACUGGCGUAAUUGUAUGGAAAUGGCCAUGUGUCCUACCUCUUGUUACCUGUUUUAAGUGUUAUGGUAACAUCACACCACUGGCCAUUUCUGUAUAAUUACCCCGCUCUCUUAUCUAAUUGGUAUUUUCUUGAACCUUGUGUUGACAGUACAGCUUUUAAACGCUUGGUGUGUGCAUGUGUGGUGGCGGACGCUCUUUUCUUGGGUUUUUAUGUUGUUGUGGUUUGUCUUAGUUUACUCAAACUGAUAGGAGAGAGUGUGUUUUUUUUUUCCUUUUUGUAGAGUUUUUGAGCAUCAAGCUGUACGACCAAAUUCUUGAAGUGUGUAUUUCAUACACAGCUUUCCUUGCUUUUGCUCCUUGAAAUUCUAUGCACCAAUGAAAUGACAGACUUUGGCUUGCCCUCGACACCUUUGAUUUUUCCAUCUGAGCAGUGUUAAAUAAACGCUGUCAGGUGUGAUCAUUGCAUAUUUUUGAUCGGGAAAAUGUAACCGAAACUUUGCCGUCAGUCCGACUACUAUUCAAAGUUGCUUUUAAACUUAAGGAACUUAAGGAAAUUAAAAACAAUCUGUCUUAAGGCAAAUGACAGAGCAAAAUAAAUCUGGUCAGGUCAGUUCUCACCACUUCAGUAUAUUGAAGUACAAUUAUAGCUGGAUCAAAACCAAUUCUGUCUGAAAUGUAAAUGUCCUCUUCUCGGUGUGAAUACAGGCCUUCGUGAUGA